AUGUCGAAAUUGAAAAUUGUUGGCGGGCGUCCCAUUACGAUGGACGAGGCGAUUGAACUGAGACAAACGGUUUUCGGGUCUGCAGCCAGUCCACCGCGUGGUGAAUGGACCCGCACCGGAUUUACGUUUGGCCCUGCAAACCAGGAAUAUCCAUACGGAUUACGUACUCCGAGGAAUGCCACCCGUGGGAUGCAGUCCGUUAUCCAGGCGCACAUUAUCAAGCAGUUUAUCUUCGACAAUAAGCCGCGCGAGAAGUCGGUUCCGCUGGAGGAGCUGCUCAAGCCAAACGAGGCGGAACAGGCUCUAUCCCUGUACACGGCCAUGUCCGACAUCCUGUGGAACAUUGGGGAGAAGACGAAGGCGAUCGUGGCGCUGCCGGGCGAGGCAUCCCAUAUCCCACAUAGCCACGUCUACUUCCAGGAUAACGUUACCGAGAAGCUGUACUUCUUCGAGUUCACGAAGCUGGACGAGCUGCAGAUAUUCAUGAAGCGCUACUUGCCCUACUUCACCGAAAAUCCUGGCCCCGGAACACUUCUGUACCUGUACAGUGCCGUUUUGACGCGUGGCAUGGAGAAUAUGCGGAAUGAUCUGGACGCCCCGAAGGGUGCCCACCUGAUGGGACCACACGAGGAGGGGUCACUGAAUGUCAUCACGCUGCUGCUGACAGGCCGUGCCACGCCGUACCUUCACAACGGUGUGGUGUACGUUGGUGACGAGGACCACUACGCUGUGCCUCAGUUCGGAAUUCUUAGCCGUGGCGCUAUAGGAUUGCUCGUCUGGGAGGGUGAAAACGAAGCGAUGCGAUCCGCGUCCCGUAUGCCAGGAUCUCGCUUGAAAACUCCGGCCACACCCGUGUGGGUGAGUUGCUGCUGUGGCCACUAUGGCGUGCUGUUCAACUCGAACCGAGAGCUGCUGCGGAACUAUCACGCCGAGAAGCGGUUCGAGCUGCACUACUACACUUGCGCCGGGUGCUAUCUGUCGAUGACGGUGGACAACCGUGGACAGGAUGAGGGCGGUGGAAAUGACGGAGAUCAGGAUGGGGAUCGGAAACGUGACGACAUGAUCUCGACGCCGCUGGAAAGACUUAUACACACGAAGUGGAUGGACGCAAAGAUUACCUAUCAUGGCGCACUGCCCGCUUCGUUGAACUUCUAAGACACCUGAUUUUGUUUUGUCCCGGGCAAUUUAUUUGAAUUAGACAACGUCAAAGAUGGGUUUGGAAAGAUAUGCGCGUUCGCGAAAGUAGUGUUGUUGCGAAUUGUUUUAUCAAUUCUAUUUGCUACUCAAUACAAUGCACACAAAUAAUCUCCCACUGAUUCACUUAAAUAUGAAGACAAAUGGACACUAGAAGCAGGAGGGAUAAAUAAACUCACCCUACUAUAACCCAUCUCCGCCUGUAGGCUUGAAGGUUUAUUUAAAACUUACCGGCAAAGGAUUUGUGAACAAUAAAUAGUUUUGAUCAUAAGCGUUGAUUGGUGGGCUU